AUGAGUGCUGUCGAUACUACUACAGCAUUCAAAUCUUAUCGAAGUUCUGAAAGCACCAUACCACAACAACAAACAACUGUAUUAACAAAAUCUCAACAAAAAACAGAAUCAACUACAGCACAGCAACAGUCACCACAACAAGAAGUUAGAAUAUUAACAUUAAUAGAAGGUGAAACAUUCGUUAAUGGUUUAUAUCGUCUACGAAAUUCAUGGAUUGUACAACUAGUAUUAUCAAGUGGUUUGACGUCAAAGAAUGUUCGUAUAUUUACAAAUUCUCCACGAGAAUCUCAUUCACCAUUUGUUCGUGAAAAAUAUCGUGAAUUAAAAUGGCUGUAUCCUUCCGAGUGUAAAUAUGAUGAUUCAAAUCGUUAUGUUUGUAUUGAAUGUGUUAAAUCGGGAUCAUUUCAUUAUUAUUUUACGUUGGAUGGCAGUGCUGAACAAGAAAAAUUGUCAGGUGGUGGUUAUCUGGUUGUUGAACCAAAGUUAACAUUUCAAGAUGGCAGUAAUGAUGUGUUACCUAUUGAUUGUAUCGAAUGUCAAUCUGUUUUAUCGAAAUCGUUAGGUCCGUUUAAUGAAUGGGAAUCGCGUUUGUUGAUAAGUAAAUAUUCUGGUUACAAUAUGGUACAUUUUACACCAAUUCAAAAAUUAUAUUAUAUAUCCAAUUCAUCAUACGCUAUUACCAAUCAUCAUAUUUUGAAUCCACUAUUUGGUGAAAAAAUAACACAUAAUGAUGUUAAAAAAUUAGUAGAUAAAAUGGCUAAAGAAUGGGGAAUAUUUUCGAUAACAGAUCUCGUCUAUAAUCAUGCAGCUAAUGAUUGUGAAUUGCUCAAAGACCAUCCAGAAGCCGCUUACAAUUUGGUCAAUUCUCCACAUUUAAAACCACCGUUUUUGUUAGAUGCUAUAUUCAUGCAAUUUACAAAAGAUUGUCAAGAUGGUGUAUUAGAAUCAAAAGGUUAUUAG